AUGGGAAUGUAUUCUGCUUCAAAAGCUGCUAUCAGGUCUUUAACAAGUAUUUGGAGAAUGGAAUGUCGUCCAUUGGGUGCUGUUUUUACACGUUUAACCGAACGACAAGCAUCUAUUUGGAAGGAUUUUACAGAUUUCAAUUCGUUAUCAUCGUCACCAUCAUCGUCAGAAAUCAAUUCAAAAUAUUUCGAUCCAAAACAUGAUAUGACAUCAAAUGAGCUUUCAAUAUACGAGAAUGCCAAUAGGAUGAUUGCUAAAUUAUCAGGUGAUUUUGUGUCAAAUGCUAUUCCACCUUUUGUCGUGACUGAUGCCAUCAUACACGCGUUAUCUUCGCCAUAUCCAAAGAACACAUAUUAUGUUGGUUUAGAUUCUAGAAUUGUUGCUGGUUUGAUUUGGCUAUUAGAUGAAAAGAAGGAACGUUUAACGGACGAGAACCGUAAAUUUCCAAAAUGUUAA